AUGAUCAAAUUAGCAAACUCUAGGCAAUCAAUAAUUGCUGAUUCAUUGUCUAAACAUGCAAGGAGUGAUGCGGAUGCUUUUGAAUUUGAUCCAUCUUAUACAAGAAGGUAUAUUGCCAAGGCCAUAUGUAUGCAUGAGUACCCUUUAUCUUUUGUGGAACAUGUUGGAAUGAAAGAAAUAUAUGCAUCAAUGCAACCAACUUUUAAGGUGCCUAGUCGAAACACAAUCAAGAAGGACAUUUUUGAAAUGUAUGAGUUGGAGAAGCUUAACAUGACUAAGCUAAUGGAUGGAAAUGAUAGUCGAGUAGCAGUUACAACCGACAUGUGGACUUCCAACAAAAAAAAGGAUACAUGGUUGUCACGGCACACUACAUUGAUAGUCCAUGGAUUUUGCAAAGGCGCGUAUUAA